GUCACUGCAGGCUCCUGACUGUUGUCGGCAUGAUCUGGCAUCGCAAGGCGAUUGCGUCUUCCGUGUCCACCCGUAUAUAUAGGCUGAGGCUGUCUCCUGUUCAUCACUCCACUAUCAGGAGUCUUCGCUUUGCGGGGCGACUUUUCGUUGCCUUUUGUUGCUUUUCAUCUCUCUGUUACCUCUGAAUAACCAAAAAAAAAAUCACAACACAUUUCAACAUGGGGAAACGACACAACAGAAAACGCACAAGGAGUCGUCCUCGCCAUCGUGAUGGCAACAACACAGAUCAAACCGUUCAGCAUUUCCGGAGUAAUUCGAUCGAUACCCUUUCUUCGCAGUCCACAGUUAUAUCUUCUUAUCAGCCAUCGCAUGCGCCCAUCGCAAACGUCUCCGCAGACCACUGGCACCAAACAUAUUUCUCAUGGCAGAAUCGACUUCGAUUCGAGCAGGAGAGAGCAAAAGCAGUAGAGUCUCACCAGCUUCGUGUCUUCGGCGGUGAGCCGGGGGACGAAGCGAGUCUCUUUGAACCAAUGAUGAAGGUGGUAACAGACCUUUUCGAUGGCUACGAUGACUUUGGAUAUCCAUGAUGGUUUCCCUUUCACGUUUUCAGAGCACAUCUCCCCUUCAUCAUUUACUCUCUCCUCUCAAUCACCUGUUGCCAUCGAAAUCAGUACGAAGUUACACAUAAUGACUACACCCAUUGCGGAUCCGAGCCUGUUGCCUUGUGUCUGCUUCCAGCGACACAGUCACUCUACUCAACAUAUUUCGCGCGGCUUACACCCGUGACGCUUAUGGCGGCAAACGCUUGCCGUAUAAACACCACUCAAACGAUGAUGACUCUGACAGCCAGCUAGAGGCGUGGGAUCUUCUAAACUAG